UUCCUUCCCAGCAGGCCCUGCGCGGGGGAUUAUGGCCGCGUUCAGGUGGAGGUAGGGGGCAAACGAGAUCGGCAUGGCGUUGCUGUCGGGACCCGCUAGGCGGACGCUGGUUGGCUCCGGGCUGCUCGGCCUUGGAGGCUGCGGAGCCCCGAGACGCGGGGCGUACGAGUGGGGCGUGCGCUCCACGCGGAAGCCCGAGCCUCCUCCCCUGGACAGAGUGUACGAGAUCCCUGGGCUGGAGCCUAUCACCUACGCGGGGAAGAUGCACUUCAUGCCCGGGCUGGCACGGCCGAUCUUCCCGCCCUGGGACCCCGGCUGGAAGCACCCAAAGUACCAACGCCAGCCCCCGAUUCACGAGCAUCCGCGGUAUAAAGAGCAGACCUGCCACGUUUUCCACCAGGGUUGCCGCCUUGUCGAGGGUGUAAAGCAGGCCCUCUGGCUCACCAAGUCCAAGUUAAUAGAAGGCCUUCCAGAAAAAGUGCUUAGCCUUGUCGAUGAUCCAAGGAACCACAUAGAGAACCAAGAUAAACGUGUUCUGGACGUGAUCUCCCAUGCUCGCCUCUGGCAUAGCACUGAGGACAUCCCCAAGAGAGAGACCUACUGCCCUGUCAUUAUGGAUGGUCUGAUACAGCUGUGUAAAUCCCAGAUGCCCAAGCAUCCUUCUCUGGCCAGGAGGAGCUGUACCAGAAACUAUGUGUUAACCGCCAGCUGGAAUCGAGAGUCUGUCCUCCUUCAGGUCCGUGGUUUUAGUGGAGCCCGAUUGAGUGCCAAGGAUCCUCUCUCCCCCAUUGCCUCCAGAGAGGAGGUUGAAGCUACUAAGAAUCAUGUUCUCGAGACCUUCUAUCCCAUAUCCCCCACUAUCGAUCUUCAGGAAUGCAAUGUGUAUGAUGUGGAGGACAACAUAGGAUUCCUGGAGGGUUAUCCUUACCCCUAUCCCCACACCCUGUACUUCCUGGAGAGAGCCAAUAUACGACCACACCGCUUUUGGCCAGACCAGCUGCAGGCCAAGAUGAUCCUGUUCGCUUUCGGCAAUGCCCUGGCUCAGGCCCGGCUCCUCUAUGGGAACGAACCCAUGGUCUUGGAGCAGCCCGUGGUGGUACAGGGUGUGGGUACGGAUGGGCGUGUCUUCCAGUUCCUGGUGUUACAGUUGAACACCACAGAUCUGGCCUCUCAUGAAGGUGUCAAGAACUUGGUCUGGGUGGACUCAGACCAGCUGCUCUAUCAGCAUUUUUGGUGUCUCCCUGUGAUCAAAAAGAAGGUAGUUGUGGAACCUGUUGGGCCGGUUGAUUUCCAGCCAGAGACGUUCAAGAAGUUCCUAGCUCUGUAUUUGCACGGUGCUGUGUGAGCCCCCUGGGCCCCUCCUGGAGCCUCAGUGCUGUUUGUGAGGUCUCGCUGACAAUAAAGAACCCUCAGGCUGCGCUGGAGUCUGUGCUUGGGUGGGGGCGAAGGCAGGACAGGAGGGAUGCCCCGCUAGUCAGGCCCUGGAGCCUGACCUGCCCAGCUCUGCCCUUGAUCCACGUUGUGACCUCAGAUAAGCACUUUCCCCUCUCUGAAUUGCAGUUUCUUCAUCUGAAACUUGGGCUGACAUUUCCCAGCUUGUCGUGCAGACUGUCGAGUAUGUGCCUGUAGUGUCUGCUGCGGGGCAAGCGCUCCACGAUGGGCACUAGGUCUUUUGGGAUUCACUUGUGGACACAUUCCACAGUGACUACAGAAAAUCAGAAUAAAUGCUCUUUGUGAUGUC